UUCGGCGGUGUUGCUAUAGUAUAUGCUGGCGAUUUUUUCCAGUUUCCGCCUGUAGGUGGUUCUCCCUUGUUUACGCCAGUUUCUUCACAUGCCACACAGACGGAGCGCGAGAUCCUCAAACGCUUAGGAAGACUGGCAUGGAAAUCUAUCAACACCGUUGUCACUUUGUCAGAACAACAGCGAAUGAAUACCGACCCUGAGUUUGGCGCUGCCGUUCAACGCUUGCAUGUGAGACAAUCUACGUACGAGGACAUUGACCUCUUUAACUCCAGAGUC